UCGCACAUCAGUAUGACGUCACCGUCGGACCGAUCCGUGACCUGCUGCUCCUGCUAAGCUAAAGGGUCCGUGUGAACAGAUGUUCCGCGGGAAGCGCGUGAAAAUUUCGCGUUUUGUGCGCUGCUGUGCUCCUAGAGUCAACGUUAAGGUGUUGCGGGAACGCACCGCAUGUGGCGGCAUCGAGUCUCCCGCGCGGCAGUCGCUCCGGAGAAACGCGUGUUUGUGCGUUAAGUUUGCUGCAGCUAGCUGGCAGGCUAAAGAGGCUAACCUGCUCCACAAAAGUGAAACGAGAAGAGGAGCGUCGCGGUUUCAAGUUUUGGGAGUUUAACUUUAAAUUAAAUAAAGGUAUCCACGUUGUUCUCGUUGGUAGACAUGCGUGAACAGAGCGUGAACCUCAUCACCAUGGAUCCCUGAACUCUCGGGGCUUUAGCGGCUCUGUCUGGUCGUUUUUGGUUCAGAGGCCGUCGUCCCACACAACCAGGGGGGAAGCAGCAAAUGGGGAACAUUUGCUGUCGUGCUGAAAGUCCCUGUGCCACGGCAGAGGAAAAAAGCGGUUUGCUGAGCGAUGAGUCGAAGGUCGUGUGCAACAGUGUCAAGACAACUGGUGCUUGUGGUCCAGAAGGAGGUGAUGAACGGAGCCAAUCUCCAGAAGAAGAGGCCUGCAAAGUGCCUGUGCAUCAGUGUCCCGACAAUGAAGACACAGAGCCCAACAACACUCAGGAAAACGGACCCUUUCAGAACAAAAGCAUUCAGGAAGUGGCACCUUCUCCCAGCAAAAUACCCGAAAACUCCACCCGAGCACAAGACGACGACACCAAGGACGCCCCCGAUCGAGCUGAAACUCUACAGUGCACUUUAAACCCGCCGCAGAAAGACCCCCCCGCCGCGGACGCUGAGGUCAUCGUAGCCUUAAACGCAGAACCAAAAAAUGAGGAACCGACGUUCGCGCAGGAGAAAACCCCAAACGCCGACGCGGUCCGCUCCGAGAUCCUUUCACUUCCUGAGAAAAGCACGCCCGAGCACACGGCGGCAAACGCCACUGAGGAUGACGAAGGCUCCAAAGAGGUCAUCGCCGCUGCAGCCAAGCCAUCGGAGGAGUUAGCUCAGAGUGAUGAGGGAUCGGCCGUGCCAAGCUCUCAGCUCGCCGCUGCCGCUGACGGGGCGGCGCCCAUCUCUGCAGCCACACCCGAGACAGCGGCAGAAACUUUGAGCUGCGCUCCUCCAGAGGACCCAAACAUCAGCAGCUCUUCAGUGGGCGAGGAGGACGCUUCUGAGGACGUGGAAAGCCAUAAUGUCUCUCAGAUCUGUUCUCUCGAGGAGGGAAAACAGGAGAAAGAUGAGGACGAAGAGGAGGAGGAGGAGGAUAUUUCAGUGAAAGAGCCAGACGCCACGUCUCCUGCAGAUUCCAAGGACAGCUCAACGUCUGAUCAGGAUGCACAGCUAGAUCCAGAGUGUUCCAGCUCUGCGUGCUUGGACCAAGAAGUUUCCUCAGAGGAACAGGAUGCCGAGGAAGAAAAGCUCCCCAAAACGCAGGAAAUGGACAAAGCAGAGAAGGAUGAAGAAAAGGAGGAUGAGGAGACGGAUCGUCUUCAGGCUGAGGUGACUGAGGAUGAAGAGCAGCUGGAAGGAAGCUCCCACGGAACAGCCGAAGCCGGACCUGCUGCAGGGACAGAAGCUGGUCUGGGAAGCAGUGAAGAAGAUCUUUACAGAGGAGAAGAGGAGCUGUCUCCAUCAGUGGAAUCCUCUGAUUUAGAAAUUUUCAAGUCGGAGGAACGGUGCAGCCUGUCUCCGGCUGUGGACGUUUUGUUCUACAGCGAGAGGGAGUGGAAGGGGAACACCGCCAAAAGCGCUCUCAUUAAAAAGGGUUACAAAGAGAUGUCCCAGAAGUUCGGCAGCUUAAGGAGAGUUCGGGGCGACAACUACUGCGCCCUCAGAGCCACGCUGUUCCAGGUGUUGUCCCAAAGCACGCACCUGCCCGCGUGGCUGCAAGAGGACGACGCCACCAUGCUUCCAGAGAAACUGGAGUCCCAGGAAGGCCUGAUAAGCCAGUGGAGGUUUCCUGGAGACGUCACAGGAGACGCCAGCCAGCAGCUGAAAGGAUACUUGGAGCUUCUGAGAAAAACGUGGCGAGCGGCGGUGGACUGCACCUCUGUGGCAGAGCGGCAGCAGCUCUGCGAGCGAGUCUUCCAGUGCGGAGAUGAGGAACUUGGACUGCUGGAGGCGCUCAAGCUGCUGAUGCUGGGCAGAGCGGUGGAGCUGCACGGCCGCAUGCAGCGCGGGGAGGAAGACGUUCCUCUCUUCUGCUGGCUGCUGUUCGCCCGAGACUCGUCCGACUCUCCUCGUUCCUUCCUCUCCAACCACCUCAGGCAUGUGGGGCUCACCGCCGGGCUGGAGCAGGUGGAGAUGUUCCUGCUGGGCUACGCCCUGCAGUGCACCAUUCAGGUAUUCAGACUGUACAAGGCAGACACGGAGGAGUUUGUCACUUACUACCCAGACGACCACAAGGACGACUGGCAGACCGUGUGCCUUGUCACCGAGGACGAUCGCCACUACAACGUGCCGAUUCUGAAAACCGCAGAGCCGCAGGAGGAGCCGGCCUCCAGGUGAUCGUCGUUGCAGGGAAACGCGCAUCCCUCAGGUCGAUUGAGACGAUACGUUUAUGCCAAUUAAAGGGAUCACUUUGGAGAAAUUUGCUUCUUGGCCUGCUUUGAAAACUAAGCGGAGAAACUAAACUUCAGCCACAAGCACCAAUCAAAGCACAUUUGAUGAGUUUUUGCCUUUUCUUUAAGAAUUAUUAAAGAGUUUGUCUUUCCUAA